GGGCAAGGUAAGGGGACAUAUCCCAGCAUGCUCUGCUGCAUCUUGCAAAAGGAGCCAAUCCGUGUGCGGAUCAUGCAUUUUCGAGAGCGGCUGUCCUACCAUCUUGGAUUGUCUUUGAUCUAACGGAAGGGCGUUUUAGGAAACACGAUGGGAAGGCUGAGGAAAAGGGAUGAUUCCUCUGGCCUGAAAUAGCUGCGUGACAUGGAGUCCAGUUUUGACAAGUUUUUCACGUCAAACAGAAUCAAAAGGAAGGCCUCCGCUGACUCAAAAUCUGAAUAUGUGAUCAAAGGCUGCAACUACUCUACAAUUCCCCUCAAAUUCCAUACCAGUGUGAUCCCAAAUACAGAAAGGAAAGGCUUUAAUACACAAGCAAAGAGAUUUCAGUAUACUGAGAAUGAAAAUCCGGGACCAGGAUUCUAUAAUGUCACUCAUCCAUCUACACUUCUCAGCAGCGUCUCCCAGUCUCUGAAAGGAACCUGUUUUUUUCCUUCUUUGGACCUGCGUAUCGCUCGUCAGAAAAUCCCCAGCUAUCCGGCCGCAAAUGCCUACAACCUCCCACCGACUUUGCAGUCCAAGCAAGACUUUAGUUUGGGAUAUUCCAGUAUGUUCCAGUUACCAAUUGCUAGGAAAAUCUCCAAAAGAUCAACCCCAGCCCCCAACCAAUAUGAUGUCUCUACGGAUUUCAGCAAGCACAACUACCGUGUUGGUGCCAAGUCAGUGUUUUCCUCCAAAACCAGACGGGAAUUGGCACUCGGUGGCAAGCAGCGGGCGCCUUCUCCAUGUCAUUACCAAAUCAACGAUUCCCUCAUCCGGCAGUCGGCUACAGUCCUGGUGUCCUCUUUCAAAUCCAAAACGAACCGUGAUUUCAAGGCGGAGACCCUGAGCCCGGGGCCUGCCGCGUAUCAGCAUCCCGAAGGCCCUGUGACCACACCGAGGAAGUUCCCUGGCCUGCGAAAAAGCAUCUUGAACUUCUCGGCCCCACCUGUCCCUCGUCCUCCAAGUCCCCCUUCCCCGGGGCCUGGCCAGUAUGAAAUCGUAGAUUACGACGGUCCCCGCAAACAUUACAUCUCCAGUGCUGUAUUUGUCUCCAACACUGGCCGAUGGACAAGCAAUAAAUUCCAGCAAGGAAUACCUGGCCCAGGAGCAUACAACAUACCCUUGCCGCAGAAGCAAUCCUUCAUCUACAACCUCACCAAUAAGUGGGUGCCGGCAUUAUGAAGAGGUGGACCCUGCGGCGCUUGAAGAGACCAUUUGCAAGUGCUGGAUUAAGUCUGCUCAAAUGAACAUUGCAUUCACUACCCUGUCAACACCAAACCCCACCUACCUGGCUGGGAUCUUGUGUCGCCUUUGAGUGUCUGGAGGGCCGAUUUUGGAUAGGUACAAGGCACAAGUCUUUAUUUCAAUCACUGACUAAAAUAUGAACCCAGAUUUUGGAUAGAAACAGAACCCAUUUCAUUGUAGGUUUCGUCAGUGACCAAUUGUUUAUGCCAGUAUUUUAUUAUGCCAGUAAAGUUGAGAUGCUGAA